CCGGAAGCAUAUACAGCGCGGGCGGGGGGAGUGGUUACGCAGCUGCCUGUCUCUCUCCUCCCACCCACCAUGUUGCUCAAGGCUGCUCCCCUCUUGCUUCUCCCUCUCGCUGCGGCGGCAGGUGGCAUCCACAAGCUCAAGCUCAACAAGAUCCCCCGCACCCCCAGCAGCCCCGAGCUGGAGGUAGCGUACCUUGCUGAGAAGUAUGGUGGCAACCAGCUUCAGCAGUCCAUCCUCGGCGCUGGCGGUGUCGGCCGCAAGGUCCCUGCCGCACGCCCCAGCCACAGCGAGGACGGCGAGGAGCUGUUCUGGACGCAGGAAGAGCUCCUCAAGGGAGGUCACACCGUCCCCCUGAGCAACUACCUCAAUGCGCAGUACUUCGCCGAGCUCACGCUAGGCACGCCUCCCCAGACGUUCAAGGUUAUCCUCGACACUGGCUCGAGCAACCUCUGGGUGCCCAGCACCAAGUGCACUUCUAUCGCGUGCUUCCUCCACACCAAGUAUGACUCGAGCUCGUCAUCGACGUACAAGGCGAAUGGCACGGAGUUCUCUAUUCAGUAUGGCUCCGGCUCCAUGGAGGGCUUUGUGUCGCAAGAUACACUGUCCAUUGGCGACAUCACCAUCAAGCACCAGGACUUCGCCGAGGCAACGAAGGAGCCCGGACUGGCGUUCGCGUUCGGCAAGUUCGACGGUAUCCUCGGUCUUGCCUACAACACGAUCUCGGUCAACCACAUCACGCCUCCUUUCUACAGCAUGAUUGACCAGGGCCUUGUUGACUCGCCUGUCUUCUCCUUCCGCCUCGGCUCGUCUGAGGAGGAUGGUGGUGAGGCCAUCUUCGGUGGUGUCGAUGCCACCGCAUACAGCGGCGAUAUCCACUACGUUCCCGUGCGUCGUAAGGCGUACUGGGAGGUCGAGCUGGAGAAGGUUGCCCUCGGCGAUGACUCGCUCGAAUUGGAGAACACUGGCGCCGCGAUUGACACUGGUACCUCGCUGAUUGCCCUGCCCACGGACAUGGCGGAAAUGAUCAACACCCAGAUCGGCGCAACCAAGUCCUGGAACGGACAGUACACCGUCGACUGCGCUAAGGUGCCUGAUCUUCCAGACCUGACAUUCACCUUCGAUGGCAAGGACUACCCGCUCAAGGGCACCGACUACAUCCUGGAGGUCCAAGGGACGUGCAUGUCCUCGUUCACCCCCAUGGACAUCCAGAUGCCCGGCGGCGGUUCCCUCUGGAUCGUCGGUGACGUCUUCCUCCGGAAGUACUACACGGUCUACGACGUUGGCCAAGACGCUGUUGGCUUUGCCAAGGCGAAGUAAGUGGCUGGAUGGACGCAGGGUGGCUGAGCUGUGGUUAGACGCGCCUUGGUGUUGCUCUCGUCGACCGUUCCUUUGACACGACCUCUUUUGAGCUUGUUCUGCCUGUACUAUUAUCACUCUCGCAACUGUUAUCGCAUCAUCACCCUCGCAACGUAUAAUACGGAUGUCAUUUCAAAAUCCUCAUCGUUUCGACGACUGAUCGUGGCCCUUCUGCCUGCGGGUGGGAUCUUAUUGCAUGG